AUGUCUCCUUCUCUUGGAGGAGUAACAGCCACUCUCUGUUUGCAUAUUGCUGAAUUGUACAUUUUCCUUUCUUUAUUUCCGCAUAUGUCUAAUGCCAUGUCGACUGUCGCACACAGCAAACAUGCACCUGAAUCUCUCAUGAUAGUGCCCUUGCUCGACCUUGAGGUUGAAGUCGACGACCGUCUACACACCCCGGAGCAUGGAGAUGCUGUUGAUUGGUCUGUUGCGUUUCAUCGCCAGUUCAUUACAACUAGCACCGGCACGCGAACUGCAACCAUGGGCAUAGCAUUCGGUAAUCAAUUCAAAGCAAUUGCAAACUUGUCUAUUGACGACAUUCGAGCAUCUUGUGAACGCAGAGGCCCUGUUUUUAUGUUUCACAAUCCCCCCAGCGUUGAGCUUCGGACCGACAACUACGCCGUACGAGCCAUAUUUGCAUCCGAAUACAAUCUCUCCUUUUUCGGGGCUCUCAUGAAGAGACUAGGUAUUACGUUCAUCGAGCGUACAAGACCACAGCAAGAGGUAGAGCUUCGGCAUAAUAAUCCGCAAUAUUGCGCCCAACCAGCUUUGUCAAUACUGCCUCCACAUCUGUAUCAACGAACCCUUCUCCAGUAUGAAACGAACCUACGCGACAGCAUGUCAGUCUACCGAUCAUGGAUACAACACCAACAUCUCGAAAUCCAGGCGAAGGAAAACGUGCGACUCUCCGAGAAGCGAAGACAAACAUGGGCAAUAUUAAAACCUCAGCGCGUACAACAACAAGUAUCGUUGAAGAGCUCCAGCUUAGCCGUAUACCAGAAUCGCUAUCCGCCAAAUCCUCAUUCCCAUUCAUCUGAGAUUCCAAAAGACGCCAAUCUCAAUACAAUAGCAAGGAAAAACGAUGUUGUUACUUCUGAGCCUCCCGGUAGCUGUGAACUAUCCUCUAUUUUACUAAAAAAGCGAAAAUUACCUUUUUCUGAUAAAUACGCAAAAAAGUGA